UAAGCCCGCUAAUAGUCUUCGUGACGUUGUUUCGACUGCGGAAGACCGUCAACUGUUUUAAUAUGACCUCCGUGAUUUUACUACGGCGCCGUUAUCCACGCAGCCUGUCCUUUAAUGCUUUUGUGGUAUUCGCUUUCUUGGCAACAUUUUUCGUCAGGUUCUUUCUAGUCCUACUGAGUUUUUCCAAGGUCAACAUAGAUCUCUUCCCAUACACCAUAGGUCAAUUGUUACCGUUAAUUCUGGUCAAUCUCAUCAGCGUACUGUGUUUGGUUACUCAACACGCGUACGAGGAUAUAAACAGGGAAUUGGAGGAACUGUGCUACGUUCAAUCGAAAUCCGAACGAGUAUUGCGGCUAUCAGCGUUAAUGGACGAUCAUUGGUUUUUAGAAGAUUAUGUAGAAAAUUUGUCUAAUACGUUUGGACCGGAUUUGAUGCUUGUCAUGAUGGAUACUUACUUACAAAUGUUGCUGUUUCUAUAUAUAUUGAUUUGGGAGACGGUAAUUCGUGGAGUGCACACAAUAACCGUCACGUUUGCUUCCACUGCCGGACAGCUGUUAUUUAACAUAGCCAAAUUUUUGUACUUGUGCUACAGAUGUGAUUCACCGAUGAAAGCGAGCAAACGAACCAUUUUUCAUUUGCAACACCUGAGUUUUGCACUGCAUAACGAGCCUGCUAGUCAAGCGAUUCUCAAGAUGUUUACACUUCGCGUUAACAGCCGCGAGGAGAAAGUGACUGCUUCAGGUUUUAUCGACAUAAAUAUGUCUCUUGUUUGUAAAACAGCAGGAGUUGUGCUGACGUACUUUUUGGUGCUCAUACAAAUUCAAUCAGAGAACUACAAAUUUCUGAUCAAAAGCAAUGUUAACUCAUCGGCUGUUCCUGCGUCUUGGUUACCGACCACGUGCGAAUCAUGGCCUUGUCUUGGGCAAAUAAAAAAUUGAGCAAAAUAUAUUAUUAUAAUAGUUUCAUUUUAAGAUUUAUGAAUUUUUUAUAUGGUGACAUGUUAUGAUAAAUAGCUAAAUGAUUGGCCGUAUUAAAAAUUCAGUUAAUCCCCAAUUUAACAUUCA